AUGCCUCGUAAACGGCCAGCGGAUGCUACUGACUCGGAGGACCGAGAGAAUUCUGAGCCUUCAGAGACGGAGAUGGAAGAGCAACUCUGUGCACAGGCUGCUGAGAUGCUCAAUCAAUUUAUUCGGUCGUUCCAUAUCGCUGCCAGUACGGAGAUGGCUCGUAAUCGACUUAAGAGUUCGAUGUACUUGUUUGAACAACGUCGACGUCGAAAAGAAUACCCGGUCCUAGUGGAUGGGGUUUCUCACGAUGCAUUACAAGGUUUUAAAGUGCAGACAUCGGAACUGCCGGAAGUACCUGAUCACCAAGUUAAGCACAAUGUGAAGAUACUUUUGGUCAAUCCAAACCAAACUGUCAUCAAACGAACUGUCAUUUUGCCAAAAGUACCUCCAAUUCCAACUGCCACCAUGUGGACAGCAUUAACAAAAAAUUACGAGGUGGAAGAUGAGCCAACGCUCAAAUAUCUUCCUUACUUUGGUGACGAUGAUGAAGAGGAUGUCGUGUCCGAAUUCUACCAAAUCAAACAGCAACGAACGAGUGCAUGCGAGGUGGAAUUUACAAAGGAAAUGUGUGAAAGUGUGUUGAAGACUCUUCAGUCAACGUGGGAUCUCACCCCUAGUGAUCUCAAGCGCGUGGCAAAUGUCAUUAAAGUUGAAGAAGAGGUGUUGGUUGAAGUACACAAAAAUUUGCGUCUAUCUCAGCACACAGCGAAGAAGAAACGACGAAUGGAAGUGACAAUCGUUGACAACGGACAGAAGAACUCCAAUAGGGAUAAAAGAUUUAGGAAUGAUCUGCUCAAUCCUGCUGAUCAAAACAUUUCGAUGGAGGAAUACUUUCAGCUGUACGAGAAAUCCGCUGAUUCGUAUCGCAGCCUUUUUUGUCGACGUUGCUUUGUCUACGACUGUGACUACCACGGAUGCAGAGAGCAACCCAAGCUGCGUAUCUUGGAACAAAACGCCGUGGCGCGCAACAUGCAGGAGAAGGGAAGAAUGAUCAACACGGGGCGCAACUGUGGAAACAAUUGUUUUCUUGGCAAAAUAAGUUCUUCGAGCUUGACUGGCUUUUCCAAAGCUCGCGGUGUCUCCGCCAUUUUCGGGUGGAACAAACGGACAAGCAUCGUUUGUGCGCGCAGUUAUCUUGUGUGCUCGGGGAACUUUUGUGAAAUGGCGAAGAUGAUUGGUGACAAAACUUGCACGGAAGUCGCUGAGAUGUGUGCGUACUACAAUAUCAAAGAUCGCAGCUUGCCGAAAGAGGUUCGUCCUCAACCAAAAUGUCGACGCUCGCGAAAGAAGAAGAAUUGGCGAAUGUCAAUCGCCCACUUACAAAACUCCCGAAAUGGCGUGGUGAAUUCCGUUCAGAUCAAAAUUGAGCCUUGCUCUCAUUCAGGGCCUUGUGAACCAGGUGUUUGUUCUUGUAUCGAAGAUGGCAUAUUUUGCUCGAAGCAUUGCCAUUGCGUCCAUGACGAGUGCAAGAUUUUUUUUCCAGGAUGCCAGUGCUCGCGCGGUCGUUGUCGUACGAAAGCGUGCCCAUGCUUCUGUGCAGGUCGCGAAUGUGAUAUCGAUUUAUGCAAAUUGUGCUCUGCGGACGAAAUUGUUGCGCGCGAGAAGGAUUGGCCGUAUCACCGCCACUCUGGCGAUACGACAAAGGAUGGUAGAAGCGAGACGACUUGCCAAAACCGCAGCAUUGCACUUGGUAAACAGAAGCACGUACGCAUGGGCCGCUCGAAGCUCGGUGCUGCAGGCUGGGGACUUUUUGUGGACGAUUUUGUUGCUAAGGAUGAGUUUAUCAUCGAGUACAUUGGUGAGAUGGUAUCACAAGAAGAAGCCGAUAGACGUGGUGCCGUCUACGAUAAGGUUGACCGCAGUUAUUUGUUUAAUUUGGAUACCAAAACCGUGAUUGAUUCGACACGAAAAGGAAACAAGACCAGGUAUAUUAAUCACUCCUCAAAGAGUCCAAACUGCGCAUGUAAAAUCAUGAACGUGAGCAGUGACUUUCGGAUUGGAUUGUAUGCAACUCACGAUAUUCAGCCGCAUACUGAGCUUUUCUUUGAUUAUGGUUACGACAAGGAGCUAUACCAUGCAGAGUUGCUGAAACAGCCAACUGUUACAGAGUGGAUGAAAAAAUAG